UGACGUCAUAAGGCUGCGCCUCCAGCGUCUGAGAUUCUGCUGAAGAAAGGUUUGUUUUACAACAAACAGAACAACAGAAAAGAUAAACUCCUGCUGAAGCUGAGAUCCUCGAGACACUGUUAUAAAGAUGGCUUUUAUUAAAGAGGAGAGUGAAGACAUGAAGAUUGAAGAACCAUUCAAACAUGAAGAUACUGAGGAACAACAAACAAAUAUACUGUUUAUUAAAGAGGAGAGUGAAGAUGUGAAAAUUGAAGAAGAUUUCAGAGUCGAACGUGAAGAUACUGAGGAACAAUCAGACCUGACGGCGCUGAAAGAGAAGAGUCGAGAACUGAAUGAAACCGAAGAAAAAAAUCAGACUGAGAAAUGUCAUGAUGAUAUGGCUGGGGAAAAAUCUUUUAGUUACUCUCAGACUCUUAAUAGAGAAACUACACAGCCUAAAGUCCAGAUGAGAGUUCACACUGAAGAUAGAUCUUCCACCUGUCAACACUGUGGAAAGAGUUUCAGUGGAAAACAAAGCCUUACAAGCCACUUACGAAUCCACAAACACAAACCUUAUACCUGCAAACAGUGUGGGAAGUGUUUCAAACUAAAAAGAUGUGUUAAGACUCACAUGAGAAUUCACACUGGAGACAAUCCUCACACCUGCAAACUGUGUGGGAAGAGUUGCACAUCAAAUGCUCGUCUGAUGUCUCACAUGAUCGUUCACACUGGAGAGAAGCCUCACACCUGCAAACUGUGUGGGAAGGGAUUCACAGAAAAUAGCCAUCUGAUGAUUCACAUGAGAGUUCACACCGGAGAGAAGCCUCACACCUGCGAACUGUGUGGAAAGAGUUUCAAACGGAAAAUAAGCCUUAAGCAUCACAUGAAUAUUCACUCAAGAGAGAAAUAUUUUAGAUGUCAUGUGUGUGAAACAAGUUUUGCUGACAGGAGUCACCUUAAGAAUCAUGUACAAAAUCACAUUGGGGAGAGGCCUGGCAUGUGCCAUCACUGUGGAAAAAGUUUCACAAUCAAAAAAUAUCUUCAGUCUCACAUAAAAAUUCACACUGGAGAGAAGCCUUUCACCUGCCCUCAGUGUGGAAAGAGCUUCAUGUUUAAAGGAAAACUUAAGGUGCACAUAAAAAUUCACACUGGAGAGAGGCCUUACAAGUGUCCUCAGUGUGAAAAGAGCUUCACAGUUAAAGGAAGCCUUAAGGAACACAUUAGACUUCACACUGGAGAGAAGCCUUACAAGUGUCUUCAGUGUGACAUCAGUUUCACAUAUAACAAAAGCCUGAAACAGCAUUUGCAAACUCAUUCUGGAAAGAAUUCCUCGUUUCCCAUGUGACAAAAGGUUUAGAAAUAAUGCAUUCACUCUGGAGAAAGACAGUUCAAUUGUGAUUGGUGUAAUAAAAACAGCAGACUUACAAAUAUAUGAAAAGUCAUUUAAAUGUGACCCUGUUUGUGUUCUUUGUAAAAUAAAAUAAAAAGUACCCUUACGUUCCAAUGGCCAUGUCUCUUUUCAAACAUAAUACUAGUAGGCCUAUUUAAGUGUCUUUCUAUGGAAGUAUUAUUUUAUGUAACAUAUCACAAUAGACAAAUAAUAUUGUCUCUUCAUUUUAACUGGACUAUAAUAUAUCCAAUCAUGUCUGACAACUUGACUGUUUUCUGAAAUUAUGAUGUAUAAAUUUGAAGGUGUUUUGGAGAUCACCGAUUUCUUUGAAAACCGAUCUGUUGAACCAUUUACACCGAUUUGAAACUACACAAUCUAAAAUAAUUUGUUGUCUUGUGCCUUCCUCAGGUGGACAACAUUAGUGUAACGUCCUUCAUCUCUUAUUUCUAUUGAUAUAAAUUGCUGACAUUUUAUAAAUUGUUGUAAGCAGCAAUCAGGGCAUCAGAAAUUCAUGAAGGUUGGCAUGAGUACACUUGAAAGCAGCAAUAUGUAGGCUACUGCAAUAAAAAGAGGCAACCUUUUAUUUUAACUGAACAACAAUUUAUAAAGUUAUGUCAUG